CGAAUCAGCACGCGGCCCGGCGUCCUCUUCCUCCUUCCAGCCCACGUCGGCUCUUGCUCCAGCGCCCGUUCCGUCCUCCCCGCCUCCCCGUCCUCCUCCCAAACUCCCCCCCCCCCCCCCCCCCCCCCCCCCCCGCGCGCGCGUGCCCCGGGAGGCGAGAUCCAGGCACAGCGGCCAACAGCCGGCAUCUCGCGCGGGCCCGGCCCGGUUCGGCCCCCUGUGUCCGCCAAGAGGAGCGCUCCGCCGCCAUGGAGGCGUCUUCGUGGGACGCUCUCCGCAAGCAGGCAAGGAAGCUAGAAGCUCAGUUAGACGACCAACUGAACGCAUACCGGAAAUUGGCUUCUAUGAAAUCCGAUGAUUCAGAGAAUCACGUCGAGUCUGAUAUAGAAAGAUCACUGAAGCAACUUCAGCAAGUAAAUUCUCAGAUGCAGGCCUGGGUAUCAUCAGGAGGCUCAGAACUCCUUUCUCACACCUUGACUCGACAUAUGGAGAUUUUGCAGGAUCUUUCACAGGAAUUCUUCCGCCUCCGAUCAAGUCUCAGAGCAAAGCAGCAACAUGCUUCCCUCCUUGAUUUUAGAGAUUUUGACAGAGCAAGCUUUGAUGUUGAAGAGGCUGCAGAUUCCUCCGAUCAAUCUCUCCUAAAAGAACAAGCAGCAAUCACCCGAAGUACUGGACAGAUGGAUAAUGUGAUAUCGCAAGCUCACACAGCCCUAGGUGCCCUUAUGUCACAACGAUCGACAUUCGGUGGAAUCACUACAAAAAUUAGCAGCGUUGGCAAUCGGCUCCCUAUGAUCAAUCAGAUCCUGUCAUCAAUCAGAAGGAAGAAAUCGAUGGACACAAUUAUUCUUUCAUUAGUUGCCUCUGUUUGUGCAUUUCUUAUUUUCAUCUACUGGUUGUCAAAAUAGUAGUACUAUGAGUGUUGUGAGCUCAGAUAAGUAGUAUAUACCUGCUAGUGAUAGAUGUUUGGACAAUGUUAUAUCAGUGCUGUUAUGAUUCUAUUUGUGUUCAAGCAACCUCAGAUGACUAUAGCUCAGACUGAGCUAGUUCACCCACAUUUUACACACGAGUUAGUAAAGAAUUACUCCCAGGAUACUUAAAUGAUGCACCUAUCAGGGGUCUUGAGAAUUCAGCAUUUCAAGCAACUGCCUAUCUAUGUAAUAUGUAGAGUACUCUAAUGUCUCUAUAAUACUUACAUAAGUGGUUCCCACCAACUUCUAUCAA